AUCCCUUCCUUCUUUCGGUGUUCUCUCUCAUUCUUUGCCCGUUCUGUUCCUGUGCCUCUCCACAUCAUACUUCUAUGGUAGAUACUGAAAAAACUGUGCGCAGCAGAGUUUGUCUUUGAAAUCUUAAUUCGCAUUGUGUCGUGUGAUUCACACUCGACAUGUCUUACGGAAUUUGACUGGCCCGGACACCAUUACUCUUUUUCAAAUUUCAGUUCUCCAACCUCUCAAGAGGAAUGUGUGAUGGAUUCUCUGGAGGGUCAGGGUUUCAGAGGUGUAGAUGAGAGUUCUGGAGAGUGCUUCUCUGGUUGAACUUGUCACUCAUCUGAAUAUGGCUUUGCAGAAGUAUGCUCCUUCUGGCCAUGCACCUUCCAUUAAUAUGAAACAUUUGACCUUUUCCAGUAAGAUGCCUAAGAAAACUGAGCGUGACAAGGCAUGUCAGAAUCAUAACAUGGAUGUGGAUAUUGACCUUAGGGAAGUUUAUUUUCUCAUUAUGCACUUUCUUUCAGCUGGGCCAUGUCAUAAAACUUAUUUACAAUUUUGGAAUGAGCUUCUUGAGCAUGAGCUUUUGCCUAGAAGGUAUCAUGCGUGGUAUUCAAAGACCGGAGCGUGUAGUGGAGACAAAGAUGACGAUGGUCUAUCAUUCCCUUUAAAUUACAAUAUGUUAGUGGAGAGGUAUCCUCAUAUUGAAAAGGAUCACUUGGUAAAGCUUUUAAAGCAAUUGUUAUUAAGUACAGCCACCCCAUCACUGGGUAUGAAUCUUGGAAAGGCCCCAAAUGCGGCUGAUGUACCUACACUUUUAGGAAGUGGUUCAUUUUCACUGCUGAGCUAUGAUAGGGAUAAAAUGAAAGAAGUCAAAAGGCCACCUCCUCACAUGCGCUGGCCUCAUAUGAAAGCCAAUCAAGUUCAUGGGCUUAAUUUGAGGGAAAUUGGGGGUGGUUUCCCAAGACAUCACCGUGCACCAUCUAUACGCUCUGCAUGCUAUGCCAUUGCAAAACCUUCUACCAUGGUGCAAAAGAUGCAAAAUAUCAAGAGGUUAAGAGGACACCGCAAUGCUGUUUAUUGUGCUAUAUUUGAUCGGUCUGGAAGGUAUGUUAUUACUGGUUCAGAUGACCGACUUGUAAAGGUUUGGUCAAUGGAAACUGCAUAUUGCUUGGCCAGUUGCCGUGGACAUGAUGGUGACAUCACUGAUUUGGCUGUGAGUUCAAACAAUGCUUUAGUUGCAUCCUCGUCAAAUGACUGUGUCAUUCGAGUUUGGCGCUUGCCAGAUGGCCUGCCAAUAUCAGUUUUGAGGGGACAUACUGGAGCUGUUACAGCCAUAGCAUUUAGUCCCAGACCAAAUGCUGUAUACCAGCUUUUAUCUUCCUCUGAUGAUGGAACUUGUAGGAUAUGGGAUGCAAGGUAUACCCAGUCAAGUCCAAGAUUAUAUAUUCCAAGGCCUUCAGAUUCUGUAAUUGGGAAGAGCAGUGGCCCAUCUUCAAGUACUGUACCACAGAGCCAUCAGAUUUUUUGCUGUGCAUAUAAUGCUAAUGGAACUGUCUUUGUAACUGGUAGCUCUGACAAUCUUGCUAGGGUUUGGAAUGCUUGUAAACUUAGCACAGAUGAUAGUGACCAACCAAAUCAUGAGAUAGACGUGCUAUCUGGUCAUGAGAAUGAUGUGAAUUAUGUGCAAUUCAGUGGUUGUGCAGUUGCAUCUCGAUUUUGCACAACAGAAACUUGGAAGGAGGAAAAUAUUCCCAAAUUUAAAAAUUCCUGGUUGAAUCAUGAUAACAUAGUUACCUGCUCUCGUGAUGGAAGUGCUAUAAUAUGGAUUCCUAGAUCUCGUAGAUCACAUGGAAAAAGUGGUCGUUGGACACGGGCAUAUCAUCUAAGAGUUCCACCUCCACCUAUGCCUCCUCAACCUCAUAGAGGUGGUCCUCGCCAGAGAAUUCUACCAACUCCACGUGGUGUAAAUAUGAUUGUUUGGAGCCUUGACAACCGCUUUGUUCUUGCAGCUAUUAUGGAUUGCAGAAUUUGUGUUUGGAAUGCAUCUGACGGAAGCUUAGUACACUCAUUGACUGGGCAUUCUGAAUCUACAUAUGUUCUGGAUGUUCAUCCUUUCAAUCCCCGAAUAGCUAUGAGUGCUGGAUAUGAUGGAAGAACUAUUGUUUGGGAUAUAUGGGAGGGCAUGCCUAUCCAGAUAUAUGAGAUAUCACGUUUCAAGUUGGUGGAUGGAAAAUUUUCUCCAGAUGGGACAUCAAUUAUACUUUCGGAUGAUGUUGGUCAACUAUAUAUAUUAAGCACAGGUCAAGGCGAGUCCCAAAAAGAUGCCAAAUAUGAUCAGUUCUUUCUCGGUGAUUAUCGACCUCUGAUUCAAGACACCCACGGUAAUGUACUAGACCAGGAAACUCAAAUUGUCCCAUAUCGACGGAAUGUGCAAGAUUUGCUUUGUGAUUCAGCAAUGAUACCAUACCCUGAACCUUAUCAGAGUGAAUUUCAGCAAAGAAGAUUAGGAGCAUUAGGCCUUGAGUGGCGUCCAUCGUCGCUAAGGCUUGCUGUUGGUCCUGAUUUCAGUCUGGACCCUGAUUAUCACAUGCUUCCAUUGGCAGACUUGGAUUUGGUUACAGAAUCACUGCCUGAGUUUAUUGAUGCUAUGGAAUGGGAACCUGAAGUUGAGGUGUUUAGCGAUGAUGCAGAUUCAGAAUAUAACGUCACUGAAGAUUGCUCUUCUAAGGGUGAGAAAGGAUGUUCAAGCUCCAAUGCUUCUGGUGAUUCAGGGUGCAGCACAGACAACAGCGAAGGGGAAGACACUCGCAUGGAAAGCAUUCGUAGAUCAAAGAGGAAAAAACAGAAGACUGAGACUGAGAUUAUGACUUCUUCUGGGAGACGUGUGAAAAGGAGGAACUUGGAUGAGUGUGAUGUCAAUACCAUUGGGAGUAGCCGAAGUAGGAAGGGAAAAAGUCGCCAAAAAAUAUCAAGAAGGAAAUUUUCAAAAUCUAAAUCUUCCCGGCCUCAAAGGGCUGCUGCACGCAAUGCUCUUCAUCUAUUUUCGAAAAUUACUGGUACACCGACAGAUGGAGAUGAAGAUAGUUUGAUUGGUGAUUUUUCAGACAGUGAAUCAACAUUGCAAGAGUCUAAUAUUGACAGUGAUGAAUCCGAUGGAAGUUUACAGAAUGAUCAAUUGAAUUAUUCCAAGGGAAAAGAAGUAUCCUAUUAUGAAUCAGAGGACAUAAAACCUCACGAGUUAACUGAAACUCGUGUAAAUUCAAUGAAUAAGAGGAGGUUGGUUCUGAAGUUGCCAAUUCGUGAUAUAUCCAAGUCCACAAAUGAGUUUGAUUACCAGGCUGAGUUGGCUGGCUCAUCAUCAAAAACUAUACCAGAAGUUACUGAUUUUAAUGGAAACAGACCAAGUUUUAAGGAUUCAGGCUAUUAUUCUGGUAGUACAAGUUACCCUACAGUUGAAAGAACAGAUCAAGCAAAACUUGGCCAGGUGAAAGAUCAUGUAGAUUUGCUGGGGAAAAUUAAAUGGGGAAUGGUUAGGGCGCGAUCAUCUAAACUGUUGAGAGUGGGAGAAGCUAUGCCAUCGGAGCAAAAUCCUUACUCUGGAAAAUGUCCUAAUCAUGAUGAAAAACAGAAUGUUAGUAGUGGGCAUGAGAAAGAGGAGAAGAACUUUAGUGCACCAACCCCUGAGUUUGAAACCCAAAAUGAGGACAAUCUGGUAGAUAGUUUGGUAGAGAUUAAUGAAAAUUGUGUUGAUACAAUCACCUCACAGCCUUUUAAUCCCACCGUUAAUGGAGGAGAGAUCACAGGUUCUAGCAAUUGCAGGGACAAAGAUGAAUCACUAAUUCCUGCAUUUUUUAUUCCUCAGGAUACUGUUCCCGCUUCAAUCAGCUAUGGUGGGGCUGACCAACUACCUGAACCAAAUAUUAGUUUUUGUUCUGUUUCAACAAAACUAAGGUCGAAAAGGGGUGCAAGGGAUCCUGAAAGUCCAUCCAAGCCCGAAACAAAAUCAUCCGUGCUAAAGAAUACUGUGUGUAGCUCUAAUGAUAAUACUACUUUGAGCAAUGAACAGCAUGUGCUUGUGGAUGACAACACUAGAGAUAAAUCUAAUCUGGGAGAGAAUGUAUCCCAAGAAAUAGAUCCUCAGAUUAGAGAGAAUAGUACUUCACAGGAUUUGCUAGAACCACAAGCACAAAGAGAUAAAAUGUAUAAAGCUGUUUAUAGAAGGUCUAGAUCACAUAGGGCUGUGACUAAUUUAGCUGACAGUGGUGGCCAGGGUGAAUCGACUUCAAAUGGGAGCAACAGUAAUUUCAACAUCGCAGCAGACUUCUGUAAUGGCACAAAUGAGGCUAUUCAUACCAAUGGCUCCUUAGAGUUAGAACCAAGUACUUGUGACCCAAACUAUGUGCAGAAUAAUUGCAAAGUGCUGCAAGGACAUGGAGAUUCUAUAAUUAAAAGUCCACAAAAUGUUUCCACAAGUGGAGGACAACUCACAGAAGAAGAAAGGGGUUCUAGUUCAAAAUUGACUGUUGGUUUGAGGUCUACUAGGAGUCGGAGGUCUAGUUAUAAUAUUCGUGAGACUAGUCCUGUAAAUAAAAGGAAAUCACUACAAUCAAAUGUGAAAGUAUCAUGGUUGUUGUUAUCAACCCAUGAAGAAGGAUGCAGAUAUAUUCCACAACAGGGAGAUGAAGUUGUAUAUUUGAGACAGGGACACCAAGAGUAUAUAGAUUAUUGUCGUAAAAAUGAGUCAGGGCCUUGGAUAUCACUUAAGGGACAUGUACGAGCUGUAGAAUAUUGUAGAGUUCAAAGCCUGGAGUAUUCCCAUCUUGCAGGGUCUGGUGAUAGCUGCUGCAAAAUGACCCUUCAGUUCGUAGAUCCUAAUUCAAGUGUUGUUGGAAAAUCUUUUAAGUUAACCCUACCUGAAGUUACUAAUUUCCCAGAUUUUCUAGUUGAAAGAACUAGGUUUGAUGCCGCUAUGCAAAGAAAUUGGACACGCAGGGAUAAAUGCAGGGUUUGGUGGAGAAGUGAGGAUAAUUCCUCUGGUAAUUGGUGGGAUGGUCGAAUUUUGUGCGUAAAAGCCAAGUCUUCCGAAUUUUCAGACAGUCCAUGGGAGAGUUGUACUGUUCGGUACAAAAACGACCUCACUGAAACGCAUUUGCAUAGUCCUUGGGAGCUUUUUGAUGCUGAAACUGUAUGGGAACAGCCUCACAUUGAUGAUAGCAUGAGAAAUAAACUGCAAUCUGCUCUCACCAAAUUACUUCAGUCAGGCAACACAGUCCAGGAUCGUUACGGAGUGCAUGAAUUGAAGAAGAUUUCAAGCAAGUCCAAAUUUAUAAACAGGUUUCCUGUUCCUAUAUCACUUGAAUUGGUGCAGUCAAGGCUGAGGAACAAUUACUACCGUAGUUUGGAGGCUCUGCAGCACGAUGUGACAAAUUCACUGGCUAAUUCCACUUCCUUUUUCGAAAAGGAUGCCGAGAUGUCAGCAAAAAUCAAACGGCUAUCAGAAUGGUUCACACGAACAUUAUCAUCUCUAUAGCUCCUACUUUUCUUUCUGGGGCCAUAAGCAAGCAUCAACUCCAAAGCAUCAAAGCUGGUUAUUUUUCCCCGUAUAUUUUUUGUAGAUAUAUAUUUUUUAAUUGUACCUUGGAUAUUAGUUUUUUCUUGCUCUCUUAAUUAGCUUCAGAGGAUAGACAUAGGAAUAUCGGGAUAAAGUAGCAUUAUGCUGUGGAAAAUUCCUGCGGCUACAUUCAUUGUUUGUACAGAGACAACACAUUGAUAUCAAAUGCAUAAUUCGCAUUUAGAA